AUGCGUUUCACGAGUACGUGUUCAACUGACGUCAUUGUACAGGUACAAGCACCGAAUGGAGAAUUAAGCAAUUACCUGCAUCCAGUUAGAAAUAAUUCGGCUGCAUUCACGCCUUCCAAGGUCGGAUGUGGUCAUGGUAUUUGGCGAAUUUACGUUGCACUGCGAGUCGGCUGUAGAUUCCGUCAUUUGCGAACCAUAGAUAUUCAUCUUAAAGGGCAA